UAUGAUACAUUUCAAAUUAUUAAACUAUUUAUAUACAUUAAAUAUAUGGAUAAUAUUACCAUGUGUGCAUGGGAUGGAUAAGUAUAUUCCUCUUGUUGUAACCACGUGGGAUUAUAAAAAUGCUACCGAAGUGGCUUGGAAUACAAUUUACAAUGGAAAGGGAAGUGCCAUAGAUGCUAUCGAAGCUGGCUGUAGUUUUUGUGAGGAAAUACAAUGUCGAGGAACAGUUGGCUAUGGUGGUAGCCCGGAUGAAAAUGGAGAAACCACGUUAGAUGCCAUGUUAAUGGAUGGUACGACAAUGGAUGUUGGAGCCGUUGGAGGAAUUAGGAAUGUUAAAAGUGCAAUUUCAGUUGCUCGUCACGUACUGGAAAAUACAGCACAUUCGUUACUCGUUGGAGAUUUGGCAACAGAGUUUGCAAUAAAAAUGGGAUUUUCAAACGAAUCAUUGCAAACUGAUAAAUCACACGGCUUAUGGAAGAAAUGGAAAAAUAAUCAUUGCCAGCCAAAUUUCUGGAAGAACGUCACUCCAAACCCAACGACUAACUGUGGCCCAUAUCAACCCAAAAGAAAGACCAAAUAUCCAGAUAAAUUCAUGCACUCGAACGAAGACAAUCACGAUACAAUCGGAAUGCUCGCCAUCGAUGCCAAAGGUCAGAUUGCAGCUGGAACGUCGACCAAUGGCGCGAGAAAUAAAAUCCCCGGAAGAGUCGGGGACUCCCCAAUUGCAGGAGCUGGAGCUUAUGCGGAUCAGGAAGUGGGCGCCGCAGCUGCUACAGGGGAUGGCGACAUUAUGAUGCGCUUUUUACCAAGUUUUUUGACUGUUGAACUGAUGCGUCAGGGAAUGACGCCAACUACAGCAGCUGAAACAGCAAUAAAAAGAAUAGUUAAACAUUAUCCAAAUUUUUCCGGUGCCGUUAUCGCUUUAAACAAGAAUGGUCGUUUUGGAGUAGCUUGUAAUGGAUUUAAAGGUUUUCCAUUCUAUGCCAGUAAUCUUAAGCUGGGGAAGCCAACUAUUUUUUACGUACCAUGUCUCGUGCAUCAUUAAUAUUACGUGUAAAUUUUUAUUAUAUAUGUAUAUUUGUAUCAAAUUCAUUAAUCGUUGC